GGUAUCCUGUGGGGGAGAAAAAAAGAAGUGGGGAAAAAAAAAAAGCAGUUAUGCUGUAUGCUGUGACACAAAAUCGCGAUAAACCAGGUUCCAUUCCAAGAAGCCGUUCGGCAUCGUGUGUUUCUAACCGCUUCCUGAAGAACCCCAGCCGUGUGACAAAACAGCUGCCACCGGGCUCGCACCCGCACACCGGUCUCUCAGGCCCGGGGAGCGGAGUCCUCGGGCACCCCGGCCUCUCCCACCGGGACCGCAGGGCUGCCGCGCUGCCGGGCCCGCCCUGCGCGUCCUCGGGCCGGUCUCGGCGGAGAGACCCGCUCAGCGCGGGCGGGCGCUGCCCCCUAGCGAGCGGCGCCAGACGAGGCCCGGCCGGGCCCCGCUCUGCGGUGCCGGCGCGCGGGAGCGGGGCGGGGCCGGGCGACACGCGGCACCAGUGGGCUGGCCGAGUGCCACUUCCUCCAGCCAACAUGGCCGCCGCCGCCGUGAAGAUUGGAAUUAUUGGUGGAACUGGCCUGGAUGAUCCGGAUAUCUUGGAAGGAAGAACAGAAAAAUAUGUUGAUACUCCCUAUGGCAAGCCAUCGGAUGCCUUGAUAUUGGGAAAGAUAAAAAAUGUGGACUGUGUGCUACUGGCAAGACAUGGAAGACAUCAUACAAUUAUGCCAUCGAAUGUCAAUUACCGUGCCAAUAUCUGGGCAUUAAAAGAAGAAAAUUGUUCGCAUGUUUUAGUGACUACUGCCUGUGGUUCAUUACGAGAGGAAAUACAACCUGGUGAUCUUGUAAUAAUUGACCAAUUCAUUGACAGGACAACUAAAAGACAUUGUACUUUAUAUGAUGGGCAGCAUUCCACACUUCCAGGAGUAUGUCAUAUUCCAAUGGCAGAGCCAUUCUGCACCAAAACCAGAGAGGUUCUUAUUGAGACUGCCAAGAAGCUUGGCCUGCAGUGUCAUUCCAAAGGGACGAUGAUCACCAUUGAAGGCCCACGUUUCAGUUCUCAAGCAGAAAGUUUGAUGUUCCGCAGCUGGGGAGCUGAUGUUAUCAAUAUGACUACAGUGCCUGAAGUGAUUCUUGCAAAAGAAGCUGGAAUGAGUUAUGCUAGUAUUGCCAUGGCAACAGAUUAUGACUGCUGGAAGGAACAUGAAGAAGCAGUUUCAGUGGAUAAAGUUUUGAAGACACUGAAAGGGAAUGCAAAUAAGGCUACUAGCAUACUCCUUUCUGCUAUACCUCAGAUAGGUUCCAUGGAAUGGACCAACACCCUACAGACCCUGAAAACAACAGUGCAGUGUUCGGUCAUCCUGCCAAAGCAGUAACAAUGUGGAUGGACCUUGAAGUUUGGGUGCUCACAAGGUAGAGUGGAUCACUUCUGAACUUCCAGAGGUUAUAAUAUCUUCAAAAAUUGUUACAAGCAUAAAAAAAUUGGAGUAAACCUUGAUCAAUGAUAAUGUAUAAGACAGCUGUUAUAAUCUUUGUCAUGCUUGAUAAUGUGUAAGAUGGCUAAAGUUAGAUUUUGAGUGUGUUCUAAGCUUAGGAUAGCUUUGCUAUCAAGCUGGAUGAGACAGUGGUCAAAGAAAAAAUUCAGUAGCGAGUGGUCAUCCUCUUUUCAAUGACACCUGCUAGUUAAUAUAAGAAAGGAAAGGCUAGAUGAUAACUCUGCAGUUUCAUAAAAUAAGAUCUAAGAAAGCAGAUUUCACAUACGCGAUUUGCUUUGCUGUUUCUGCCUUUCAUUUUUUCACUUAAUGAGGCAAAUGGUUACAGUUCACUUCAGAAACAUACCAGAAAAACUGAAGAGACAAUUUCAAAAUAAAAUUAUACUAUUUUUAUACAUUAUCCAUAUUUUUUAAUUUCAGUCAUUUUUUUAAAAGCAGUGGUUUUUGUUUGUGUGCUAGAAUAUGUGGUGUUUUAACAUUUGUGUUGUUUCUUUCCCAGCAGCAGUUGUGUAAUGAAUCAGUGUUCUCAUUCCAAAAAAAUAGGUAAUACCUAAGUCAAAUAUGUGCCUGGGGAUGUACUUAAGUGAUUUACAGAACUGCACAGAAAAGUGCUUUGCUGUCAGCAUGGUGAACACUCUGCUGGCCUUUUGCUGCUUCAUUGAUCUGAACAACUGUGGGUUUCUUUUCUGUUUUAAGUGAUGAAUGUGCUUGAGUGCUUUGAAUGUAUGCAUUUCAUUUUUUUAAUACAAUUUUACUUCAAUAAAAUCUGCUGCUUCUUGUCUAGUAAAUAAAAUAAAUUAAACCUAUGCUUCUCCUAA